GUCGACUAAUCACAAACUCCCGAUGAAAGCAUUUUACUUUCGAUUCCCUAUAAUUUCUAUCUCUCUUGGAGAAAGUGGCAUAGUUUUUCUUUAACGAUUUUCACCAAGCAAUUUAGAUGAGCUUUGUAAUUGGACAACGACGAUGUUAACCAUGGGUAGUAAAAAAAAUAGAAAGGGAUCUUUUGAUUCUUCAUAGAAACUUGCUGGGCUUUCUCGGUGGGGUUAGAACAUGAGCCCAAUUUUAAGAAAAGCCUACUUGGCUUUAUGGCCGGGCUUAAUAGAGGCUUGAGGUAUGGAACCGCCAAAUUGGUUUUGGCCAAAACCUGUGCUUUUCGGCGCGAAGAAACAAAAAUAAAGGGAUGAAUGGACCAUGUUACCCCCAACGAAAAUUAAGGGGAGAGCUCCAUUUUUUGAAUGGUGAAAAGUUUGUAAAACUCCACCAUUAAUUAUUCUAUUGAUUGAUUCACAUGAUCGUACCGAUUAAACCUUUUACAAUUUUGUUUAGCUUACAAACCAAACCAUAACUUAGAUAAACAUUUAAAACUUCUAAACACAUGACAAUAGAGAAGACCAUCUUCUCUCAAAAUACUAUAAACAAGUCAUGUCGGGGUCUGAGUUCAUCAUCCCACCUCAUUGAUGCCGAGCUGAGCCUUGCUGAGUUUCCUUUACUUCUAGUCCAAAACUUCUAAUCCGGGGAAAAUUUUUUGACGGGGGUGAGACUUCACCUCAAUGAGUAAAAGCUAACCUAUCAACAGUAUCAAUGCAAAUAUAAUAUUUGGUGAAGUCAAACCCUAUGCUUAAUCUCUUAGUUUCCCGAGUAACUAAUUUCAGUAUUCACAUUGCCAAGGUAUACCAUACAUGUAACCAUGCACAAUUCAAUAGUCAAUCACACACACACACACACACACUACUAGUACACCCAUUCAUACACACACAUAGGGUUAGUCAGAUUGCGUGCCUUUUUGCCUUUAAAUUGCCAAGUCAUGCACUCCCCCGGGUUUAUCCAGUAAAUGCAUAAAGCAUCGCCAAUAGAUGCAUUAAGCACCGCCAAUAGAUGCAUAAAGCACCGCCCAAUAGAUGCCUUAGUCACCGCUAAUAUAUGCAUAAAGCACCGCCAAUAGAUGCAUUAAGCAUCGCCAAUGACCAGGCCUGGUAUCGCUCUCCCAGAGAGCUAGGCAUAAAGCCGCAAUAUCAUAUCUCAUAGAGUGCAUGACAGGCGCCAUUAAGUUUGAUUUAGGUGAUCAGACAAUUCUUUAGUUAGUCGCAAAACAAGUAGUGGACAGUAUCAUCAAUCAUUUAACACAUAUCUAUUCUCGUAUUCAUAACAUUCACAUAGUCACAUUCAUCAUUCCAUAUAAGCACAUCAUCGUCUUAUAAGCUUCUCAAUAUCACAAUUCCGCCGUACAGGCUUUCCAACACUAUAAUAUCGCCUUUUAGACCAUUUCAUAUCACAUAUACGUUUCUUUCCCCAUUCACAAUAAUCAUCUAUCACGUUUCACACACAUAUCACCACAUAGUCACACACAUUACAUUCACCCAUCAUCCAUCACAUAUCAUUUCAUUCAUACACAUAUAGUCAUAGCCAUCUAUUAAACCCACAUUUUAUAUUCUAUACUCGGGCCGCUUCAUGACCCGAAUACCAUAUUUGUAUCCAUGCGGUUAAUAUGUUAGAGUUUACUCACAACUUUGUAGUUCCUCUGCUAUUCCCUUACCUUUCGAUGAUUCCCUGACUCUCUCCUUUCCUUUAAGAAGUUACAUAACCCCAUUUAAUACCAUAACAAAAUGUUCAAUAAUUAGCCAACCAAUUAAUUACUAAUCACAAAAAUAAUAGUAAUAUUAUUAAUACCCUGUAACUAUUCUUGUUCUCACUCACGGUCAUAGCUAGCUUGACAUAAGUAUAUACCUAGCUACAUAUAUAUACAAAGUAUCCUAAACGCACUAAUCCCAUAACCCACCUUUUUAGAUGUGCCACGCAUGCAUAAUUAGUAUUAAUUAUCCAUCGCAUACUCAUAAGCACUUCAAGCCAUUAAUAACUUAUUGUUUAACUCUCUCUUAAACUCCUUUCAACAGGAGAAUUCUAAUACUCAUAUACAUUCCUAUCAUGCAUUCCAGAAUCCAAAGGCAACGCUCAUGACUUGACAAAAUGUGAUAUGGCAUGCAUGCAAGCUCCUUGAGAACUUAAUUAGAUCCAACACCAAUCACUAAACCAUAUUUUAUACUUAAUAUGUAAUGUGUCCAGGAAGUCUAUUAAUCAUUUCCCUGACUACCCAAAUCCUUUCUUUCCAUUAUUAUAUCAUACAAGAACGCUAUGCAUAUAUAUAUAAACCACUAGAUUGAUACUGGACGGAAACCCUCUAAUAAUUAAUUAUCAUCACCAUCAUAACAGGACUUGUCGGAAAAUUUUACUAGAUACAUAACGAAGGCAAAAUAAGAACUCAGGGAGGGGUUACGGUGCUAAUUGUACAAUAGUUAGCACCGUCCUAACCAAGGGAAAAACUACGACUAGUUUGAAUUAGUAGUGAUUUAGCUUAGAUGUUGCAUUGAAUUUAUAAUAAUCCGUAGUGAUUUUUGCUAGUUAUCACGGUGCUAACCCCUAUAAGGGUUAGCACCUAAUCCCAUCCCAAGAACUCACCUUGUGUACUUAAUGUUCACUUAAAUCAAAUAUGUAGGGUCGUUUGGAUGGAUCAAAGUGAUGGGUCAAUGUGCUCCAGUUGACUCAAAAUGAGACAAUUGGGCCAAAUUAUCCCAUUUGGCUGCAAAAAGUAGGAACGAGACAAUUGGACAUGAGAUAAUUGAAAUUGCUUUAUUAUGGGUCAAUCACAAUUACUUGGGUGGGAGGGAGGUAAUCUACAUUACUCCAUUUUGUGGGUCACUUUUCCCAUUCUAACCCCUUAUAUUUACUAUUUUUUUUUCUUUCAUCCUUUUCCCAAGAUGGAGAAAGGCAAAAGUAUGAGGGUAAAUAUGUAUUUUCAUAAAAUGCAUCAUCACAAUUGUCUCAUGUCAAAUCACAAGUCAAACAAGACAAUUAUGUAAACAUUUCCUCAUACAAUUAGCUCAUUUUCUAAAAUAAGACUUUUGUCCCAAAUUGCGGAGAAUAUUCCAUCCAAACGACCCCGUAACUUGAAAUAUAGCUUGGAGUCUCCUGUCCAUUGUGAUGGUGGUUUCUCAUAAUAAAGCUAGGGUGAUGGUGGAGAGGGACUAUGCUAUGAGUUUCUCUCUCCCUUUAGUACUUUCAAAGGCGAAGUACCCUAAGGAAGAAUGGAUAACCUAUAUCUAUUGCUCCCACCACCCAUUCAUUUCCUACAAUGAAUCUUGCCAGUGUGCUGUCGAAGAAAGGUCCUCGUCUGUUGUCUACUCUGAUUGCAAGGUUCUUGUGGAUGCUAUCAAUGGUUGUCCUUCGACAUGGUCAUGGAGAUGUUAUGCAUCACUAGAAGCUAUCAGAAGAAUCAUGCAUUUAGAGGAAAGGAUUAGGAUCUUUUUCAUCAGCCGUCGAAAUAAUAAGUGUGCUGAUUGGGUGGCAAAGAACUGUCGUCUCGAUGCUCUUCAUCAUGAUUGGAUUCAUGUGCUCAAUGUAAUAUCUGAUUUGUUGUAAUCGUGGCUAUCUUCAAUUGGAAAUGAAUGAAAGUGUUAUUAAAAAAACACCUCCCAGACACGCGCCAGGUUUGGGAAACACAAACGGGUUGGAAAUUGGAAUUCAAGCCUUCCCAGCAGAAAUAAAUUGAAAAGGACAAGGAAAAUAAUUGUUUCCUCUUCUCUCGGUUCAUGGGAGUGGAUUUCUCAGCUAUUGUAUAAAAAAAAAAAUGCUCACCACGGCUAACAAAUUAAAGUUCUUGUAGAUGAGAUAGUUCUAGUUUAGAUGGAUAUCACUAAUAGAUACUACAUUUAAUUUAACGAAUUACCCACAAUUCAACUCCCACGCACGAAAUGUAUGUAUUCAGAAACUAGAAAAUGAGAGGGUGUUACACACAAUGACAUGUUUUAUGUGUAUUAGCUAAUUCAAAUUUCUAACACAAAGAUUACAUAAUGACAUAUAUUACAUAAUAGAAUGUUAAUAUUCUA